AUGGUUGACCGGGUUCCUGAAGCUGAGAAGGCUCUGGUCUUCCCACAGCUGACAGAUGAGAACUAUAGUUUAUGGUCUUUUCGGGUGGAGGCGCUUUUGACCUCUAGAGAAGUGUGGACCUAUGUAACUGAUGACCCUCCUGACCCUGUGACUAAUGCUUGGUCGAAAGGAGAUGCAAAAGCCAGGGCGAUAAUUAAUUUGGCAGUCAGCGACCAGCAAGUAGUCUAUAUAAGGAAUAAGAAAACUGCCAAAGAAAUGUGGGACAGUCUUGCAGCAGUGCAUGUUAGAAAAGAGUCAGCGUCUGCAUUGACGUUUUUCAAGCAGUUGUACCAGACGAAGUUGCAGCCUGGUGGUGAUUUGGCGGCACACUUGAGACGUCUGGAGGCAAUACGCGGUGAAUUAAUUCGAAGGGACAUGGAGAUACCUGAUAUUCAGUAUGUUUUCAUCAUCCUUUGUUCCCUUAAUGAGGACUUUGAUGGUAUAGCUAGCCAAAUAUCUGCCGUUCCACCAGCACAAUUAACUGUGGAAGGGGUAACGGCAAGAUUAAUGGGCGAGUUGGACAGAAGGGAGGCUUGUGCCAUAAGCACUCCUAUUUCCAGAAAGAAUGAGGAACACCAUAUGCAAACUUGUGGUGAUACAACUGCAUUUAAAGCUGCAAAGCGUUAUUGGUUCUGCAAUAAGCAAGGACAUUUUGCAAAGGACUGCAGAUCCAAAAGAAAGCAAAGUACUCCCAAGUCUGUUUCUGUUUGUCAGUCACGGUCGUCAGCUCAGCAGCCGGCAUCGUACCGUAA